AUGAGUUCAACAUCUUCCUUAGAAGUCCGUCAUGUAUGGUGGAGAAGAGCCAUGAACGACAAAGAUCCCAUUUUUGGAAAGGAUUUCUUGGGAGCAGUGAAGGGAUUGUGUAUUCAACAAUGUGGUAAAAGUAGGAAUGACAAUCUUGUUGUUGUGAGAAGAGUAGUAUUGGAAGAAUUCAAUUGUCCACUCCAACGAAAUAAUAAUGGAUUAUUAUUGGAACAUCCAAUUUCCAUUGUCAUUGGUAAGAUGCAUUUAGAUCAUACUUUAGAGAGUGAAGAAACCGAUGUGAUGGUGAUUGGAGAGGAAGGAGGAAGAAUUAAAGUGUUCACAAUGAAAAAUCAACAAGUGGAUUCCAAUAAUGAAGAAGAAGAGGACGAAUGGAAGUUGUUUAAAACCUAUGACCUAAAUCAUCUACUUUUAUCUCAUCAUCAACAACAACAACAAGCGAUAAAAUCCUCCUCAUUAGAUCUGAACCACAAUGAACAUGAUCACAAUGAUCAAGAAGAAGUCUCUGAGGAGGAGGAGGAAGAAGAAGAGGAACCUAUUCGCUCGCCUUAUUUAAGCUCAUUAUUAUUGGAUGAAGAAGGAGGAUAUUUAUACGUUGGAGAUGAAAUCAAUCAUUGCAGUCAUGUCUUGAAUGUGAAGAGUGGUGAAUGGGUGAUGCCUUCAUUUGGCACUUUUGGAGAUGAAGAAACAGCAGAGGCUUUUCAUUGCGUCACUGGCAUGUGUUUUGAAAAGAAAAGAAAAUGGCUAUUGGUGGUCGAUUGUGAAAAUCAUCGCAUUAAAAUUUGUCAAUAG